AUGGCCGCACUGGCGAACGCUGCGAUCAACCACAUCGUCCGCGAGCUCGUUGAACGCCAACAACUCACAUCCCCGGCUGCAUUUGCCACAGCCACAGCCACAUUCACAGCGCCGAACUCCCCUUUGCCCACACCGGUGGGCGUCGAUGGAUUCGACAGCACGGCGAUGACCACGACGACAACAAGCAUAGCAUCCGCACCGACCGCGGUCAUGGCAGCCGGCGGAGGCAGUGCCGGUGAACAGGGCGAGUGCCGCCUGCUUGGCCCCUUCGCGCUCUUCGUACAGCUGGCACUCGGCGGCCUGGCCCUGAUGUCCUUGGUGUACAAGAGAUGGCGGGAACGCCCGCAGCGGCCCCUCAAGAUCUGGUUCUUUGACGCCUCGAAACAGGUGUUCGGCUCGGUCCUGGUGCACGUCGCGAACGUGUUCAUGUCGAUGCUUACCAGUGGGCGCUUCUCCAUAAAGGUUGAGCCGACCACCGCCGCGACGGUGCGGGCAGUGUCGAUGAUGGUGGUCCGCAGCCUGCUGCGGCGGGACGGGCAGGAUGGGGGGCCACCCGACGAUGACUAUACGCCGAACCCUUGCUCGUUCUACCUGUUGAACCUUGCUAUUGAUACGACACUCGGCAUCCCCAUACUUAUCCUCCUCCUUCGUGUGUUCACCGGCCUCGUGUCCUACACGGCCCUGGGCCAACCACCAGAGUCGAUCCAGUCAGGCAACUACGGGAAUCCACCCAACGCGUGGUGGUGGUUCAAGCAGUCGGUCAUCUACUUCUGCGGCCUGUUCGGCAUGAAGCUCUGCGUUCUAAUCAUCUUCCUAAUGCUGCCGUGGAUCUCCCGCGUCGGCGACUGGGCACUUGGCUGGACCGAGGGGAACGAGAGGGUUCAGAUCGUUUUCGUCAUGAUGCUCUUCCCCCUCAUCAUGAACGCCAUGCAGUACUACAUUAUCGACUCCUUCAUCAAGAAGCCGGUCGAUAAGGACGACAACGAGGGCCACGACGGCUCAGGAGCUUCGGGGGGCACGUACGAGAGGAUCGGGGAGCCCGGGAGCGAUGACGACGACGACCCUCACCAGCCCCGUCGGCGCAGCGGGUCGAUUCAGCUGGAGGACGAGGCCGAUGCCAAAUCGACCAAAGAAGGCAAAAAGGUCAAGGGCUCAGCGGAAGAGGAAUAUGACCCCGACCUUGAUGGCGAUAGGAUUGCGGUGGUAGGGAGCGGCUCCUCGCCCGUGAGGGGGGGUGUGAGCAGAGAGCUGUUGCCAAAGGAGUAG